GCGGCGUUCCCUCCCUCCCGCACCGAGCCCCGGGACACCGGGACACCGGGACACCCCGGCACCGCCACCCCGGGACACCCCGACAGCUGCAUCCCCGCGGCCGGUACCCACCCCCGGCAUCCCCGGACCCGCGGAGCCCCGGAGCGCGGCUGCCGGGCACCAUGGCCCCGUGCCUCCGCUGACGCCGUCCCCACCGCCUCAGGGUGCUCCCACCCGUGUCCCCCCCACCGCCGCCAUGGGUGACUCCUACACGGCCGCCUUCCCCAGCGCCCCGGGGCUGCUCUCGCCCUCCGCCAGCCCCCAGGCAUCGCCCGGCCCCUACGGCCCCGACUACGGCCCCUUCGGCCACCCCUUCCCGGCACCCACGGGUGCCCAGGAGGUGCUGGGUGCCCCCGUGGUGGUGACGGCCAAGGGGCACCCGCCGGGCGACUGCUUGCCGGGCGUCUACCCCUCGCUGGAGAUGCCGCAUCCCUACGGCUCCUGGUACAAGGGCGGCAUCGGCGGGGGGCUGCCGGGGGGCUCGGGGCCGGCGGCACCCUCCUGGUGGGACGUGCACCCCAACGGGGGCUGGCUGGGGGGGCCGGCGGGCGCCGAGGGGCUGCAGGGCUCUCUGCAGGGCCAGCCCACCCUCAGCCCCCCGCUUCCCGCUUACGGCUCCGAUUUCGGGGCUCUCAACCCCCCACCCUACACCAAUAACCCCUCCGCACCUCCCGCCCCUAAAACCAACCCGGGCGAAACCCCUAAGGGACCCCGCGGCGGUUCGUUAGGUGGUCGGCCGGCCUGCGAUUGUCCUAAUUGUCAAGAAUUGGAAAGAUUGGGGGGUCCGGGUGGAUCCAGACGAAAACCGGUUCACAGUUGCCACAUUCCGGGUUGCGGGAAGGUGUACGGCAAAGCGUCCCACCUGAAAGCCCACCUGCGCUGGCACACGGGCGAGCGGCCCUUCGUCUGCAACUGGCUUUUCUGCGGCAAACGUUUCACCCGCUCCGACGAGCUGGAACGCCACGUCCGUACCCACACGAGGGAAAAAAAAUUUACCUGUCUCCUUUGCAGCAAGCGUUUCACCCGUAGCGAUCAUCUCAGCAAACAUCAGAAGACCCACGCCGAAAGCGGCACCCCCAAACCCAACCCCGCCGGUAACGGGGAGCAGCCCCCCGCUUCUCCUCGGCAGCCUCCGGCUUCUCCCGGUAAAGACGCCGGUAGCCCCGAGGCCAGCAGUUUGUUGGAGAUUUGAGCCUUCGUCCUCCAUCCUCAUCUUCCUCUGCGCCGCUGGGGAUAUUUAUUAUGGGGUGCUGCCCCCCCCCCCCCCCAAAGCCCUGCAUUUCCCCCACCACACCCCCCCCCCGGGGCUGGCGGCAGCUCCUCGUUAGCAAUUAUAAUUUAUGUCUUAAAUUAUGGGGGGGCUCUCUGAGCACUCUGGGGCUUGCCGGGGGGGGGGGGUGUCUAGGUGAGAUCCCCCCCUUUUUUCUCCCCCCUCCCCCCAUCUUCUCACCCCCAAAUCCUCGCCGGCCGCCUCGCGCCCCCGCACAGAGCUCAGGGACAGGGUUCACCCCUUCUCCUCCGCCCCCGGCCUCGUUAGCACGCCCAGUUCGUUAGGCACUAAUGUACCCCCCCUCCUUUUUGUAGC